AUGGAGGACGAGAUCGAAGGUAGAAUGUUCCAGAGACGGUCCCAGACAGGCUCUUGUAACACCGAAAACUGUUCCACACCACGGUCCCACAGCUCUACAGGCAAAGCCUCGAAAAAGCUCCGGGUAGCUGGAGUCGGGACGCUGGAAAGCGACUCGGAGGAAAGGGUACCAGCCGACGGCGGCCGCCGCCGCAGCGGCUCGCGUGGAGUAGUGAACGAAGACGGCGGCCGCCGCACUAGCCACCACGUGUGGAAGACAAACGGCCGACACGGCCAUCACGGCACCGAGUCCAGGGGACGAGUUAGGGAAGACCAGAAGUUUUGUCGCAGCGACGACAGGGAAAGAAAGCGGGUAGACGGUGACCGCCGCGGCAGAAUCUCCACGGGAAGAGUAAGGGAAGACGUCGGCUUCUCCCGCAGGGACUCGAGAAGAAUCGGUGAAGACCUAGGCCACCAACGUAGUGCUUCUCGGGACAGAGUCAGGAGCGAGGAUGGCCACCGUCACGGCUGCUCUAGGGUGAGGGCGAGAGGAGACCGCGCCUUCCUCAGCAGCGACGUGAGUUUAACUGAAAGCCCCGGCCAGCAGAGCAGCGGCUCGGGGGGGACCGUCCGAGAAGACCGCGGCCUCAGCCUGCGUGGUACGUGGGACAGCGCCAGCGAAGUCCCGGGUUUUCAAAGCAGCGACUACGGGGACAGAGUCAAUGAUGAGCGCAGCCGCUGCCUCAGCGGCUCCUGGGAGGGAGGGAGUGACGAUGGCAGUCACUGCCUCAGUAGUUCUUGGGACGGAGUAAGUGAAGACCACGGCUACACGGACAGCGAAUCCUCCGGCGUGAGCGAAGGCGCCAGCGAAGACACCAGCCGCCGCCUGAGUGGCUUCUGGGAGAGAGAAAGUGAAGACGAGAGUUCUCGCUGUAGGGACCCUUGGGAGAGAGCCAGGAGGCAGGACGGUGUCCCCGGUACUAGCGACGACGAAGACGGUCGCUACCGCUGCACCGACUCAUGGGUGACGGCCAGUGAAGACCGCCGCAGCAGCAGGGGCUUGGACUCAACCCCGCCCCAGAGCCCCAGGCCGAGGGUCUGCACCAUGCCCGGCGUGGCUGAUUCCAGCCCCACCACUUCCUUUAGGGACUCUGCCAGCUCCUGUGCCAGGAAGAAGGUGCAUUUUGGUAGCAUACAUGAUGCAGUACGGGCUGGAGAUGUUAUGCAGCUUUCAGAAAUAGUGGAGCACGGAGCUAGCAUUAAUGAAGUGGAUGUUCUUCACAAAUUUAGCCCUUUACAUUGGGCAGCACAUUCUGGAAGUUUGGAGUGUCUUCAUUGGCUGCUCUGGCAUGGAGCUGAUAUCACACAAGGAACUACAAGAGGUUGGACACCAGCUCACAUAGCUGCGAUUAGGGGUCAUGAUGCUUGCAUGCAGGCUCUUAUAAUCAAUGGAGCAAAUCUGGCAGCUCAAGAUGAUCGUGGAUGCACUCCUUUACACCUUGCUGCAACUCAUGGACAUUCUUUCACUUUACAAAUAAUGCUCCGAAGUGGAGUGGAUCCCAGUGUGACUGAUAAGAAAGAAUGGAGACCUGUCCAUUAUGCAGCUUUUCAUGGUCGGCUUGGUUGUUUGCAACUGCUUAUCAAAUGGGGAUGUGGCAUAGAAGAUGUGGACUACAAUGGAAACCUUCCAGUUCACUUAGCAGCCAUGGAAGGGCACCUUCACUGUUUUAAAUAUCUACUCAGUAGGAUGCGCAGUGGAAUACAAGCUUUAAAAGCCUUCAAUGAUAAUGGAGAAAAUGUAUUGGAUUUGGCCCAGAGGUUUUUUAAACAGAACAUUUUACAGUUUAUCCAGGGGUCUGAUUAUGAAGGAAAUACUACAGAAGAUGAGGAAACUUUAGCAUUUCCAGGUCAUGUGGCUGCCUUUAAGGGUGAUUUGGAAGUGCUUAAGAAAUUAAUAGAAGAUGGAGUAAUCAAUUUUAAUGAGCGUGAUGAUAAUGGGUCAACUCCAAUGCAUAAAGCUGCUGGCCAGGGCCACAUAGAGUGUUUGCAGUGGCUAAUUAAAGUGGGAGCAGACCCUAAUAUUACCAACAAAGCAGGGGAGAAACCCAUUGAUGUGGCUAAGAGAUUUGCCCAUUUGGCAGCAGUGAAGCUCUUAGAGGGGCUACAGAAAUAUGAUAUAGAUGAUGAGAAUGAAGUUGAUGACAGUGAUACAAAGUUUUUUACAAGGCAUGGUGUUGAGGGAAGCACUGAUACCAAGGAUGAAUUAUGUCUGAGUGACUCAGAUAAAUCAGAUGCCAGAAUGAGAGCUUAUAAGAAAAUUAUAGAAUUGAGAAAUCUCCUGAAAAUUGCUGAGAGCAACUUCAGACACUUGGGUGGGAUAAUAGAAGAAGAUCUAAAGCAGAAGAAAGAACAGCUUGAGUCUGAAAAGACUAUCAAAGAGCUAAAGAGCCAGCUAGAAUAUGAACGACUCCGUAGAGAAAAAUUGGAAUGUCAGCUGGAUGAAUAUCGAGCAGAGGUGGAUCAACUCAAGGAAACGCUGGAGAAAAUUCAAGCCCCCAACUUCGUGGCUGUGGAAGACAACUCACGUGACUCUAGCAAAGAGAAGAGGCGAGUGAAAAAAAAGGUGUCUUCUGGGGGAGUGUUUGUGAAAAGGUACUAAUCAGUGAAAUAACUUUAAAUAAAUAUGCUUGAUUCUUCUCUUUCAUUUAAAAAAUUGAUGUAAAAUG